AUGUGCAAACUAAUCAACAUUUGCAUAGAAGCUGUUCAUGGGCCGAGGAGAUGCCUGCUUCCGACAUUUGGCCCAACAUUCUGCUCACCACCACCACUCACUCCAACAGCGCCGCCUCCAUUCCCAUUGCUCCCCAUACCAAACCCUCGCCGUCACCUCCCUCCCCCUCCACCGGCGGCCAUGGAGACGGACCCGCGAGUGAUCAUCGGCCCCUCCGGGAGCGUCUCUAGGAGCGAUAUGCGUGCCGACCUUGAGCGCCGCGGCCAGGACCCUGAGUCGCUGGAUCUCGGCACCAACAUGAUGCUCCACAUCCUGUACGGCUACCUCCCGAAGCCGCCCGUCUCCCCCACCGCCACCAUCUCGCUCGCCGGCGCUUCCAGGGUCCCCGACGGCGUCGACCGCAUCAGCCGCCUCCCCGACGUGGUCCUCCUCGACAUCAUCUCCCGCCUCCCCGCCAAGGACGCCGCGCGCACCGCCGCCCUCGCCUCGAGCUGGCGCCCGCUCUGGCGCUCGGCUCCCCUUACUCUUGUCGACAGCCACCUGCUUCCGGACGGCGGCGCGUCCGGGCCUCUCAUCAUCGGCGCUCCCUCUCCCCGCGCCGUCACCGCCGCCGUGGCCAGCGCCCUCGCGGCGCAUCCGGGGCCCUUCCGCUGCGUCCACCUUACCUGCAGCACGAUGGAGGAGCACCGGGGCGAGCUAUCGCGCUGGCUCGACAUCCUCGUCGCCAAGGGGGUCAAAGAACUCGUCUUUGUCAACCGCCCUUGGCCGAUGGACCUGCGCCUCCCCGCCACGCUCUUCAGCUGCGCCGCCCUCACCCGCCUCUAUCUCGGCGUCUGGAGGCUCCCGGACACCACAGCCGUACCGCGCGGCGCCAGAUUCCCCAACCUCCUGGAGCUCGGCCUCUGCAUGAAUGUCAUGGAGGACCGUGAUCUAGCCUUCAUGCUGGAAAGAAGCCCCGUCCUGGAGUUUCUCCUUAUCAUGUGGAGCCAAACCGGAGUGCGCCUCCGCCUCGUCAGCCAAAGCCUGCGGUGUCUUCAACUGGCCCUUACCUGCUUGCAGUACAUCGACGUGGUGGAUGCCCCUCGCCUCGAGAGGCUCUUCCAAUGGGAAACUGUUCCCAGGGCCGAGCCCACUCCCCCCGGCAACAAGAAACGCCCUUCCUGGAUCAAGAUUGGCCAUGCACCCAACCUGCGUGUGCUGGGAUACCUUGAGCCAGGAGGGCAGGAAUUGGGGAUUAGCAACACCAUCAUAGUGGCUGGGAACAAGGAGAACAUUGUCCCUAGUGUCCAGAUUUUGGCCAUGGUGGUGCAGUUCGGUGUCCGCAGCACUGUGAAGAAAGUGCCUGGCUUCCUCAGAUGCUUCCCAAACCUGGAGACGCUCCAUGUCCAUUCCCCCACCUUAUCUGGAGAGCCCACUGGCAAGGUGAAUCUCAAGUUCUGGCAGGAGGAUGGUCCCAUCAAAUGCGUCCUUCAGAGCUUGAAGAAGGUGUUCUUCUAUGAGUUCCGAGGGUCGAGAAGCGAGGUUGCUUUCCUCAAGUUCAUCGCGGAGACAGGGCGGGUGCUGGAGCAGAUGGUGGUCGUGGUUGCUGUGGAAUGUUUCUCUCUGGGGGAUGAUGGUGUGAAUGCCAAGCUGAAGCCUCUGACGGGUGCGAAAUGGAACAGCAAAGCUUGCCAACUAGAGCUCUUCAAGAGCCCGCGCACUGGCGGGGGAGGUCCUGCUUACAGCACCAAGAUAGCUUCUUAUUUUGGGUUUGCCGACCCUUUUGAUCUCCAGUACUACUACAAAGCAGAAAGGAUCAUCCAUGUAAGUUAA